AAUCCAAAAAACAGACAACACACACACACACACAUUCACAGUCUGGGUGAAAAGGACGGGACGCUGGGUUUUGGUCCAAAGCAGCAGACAAGCAGCCAUCCGGCACCCUGUCUGGACGGCAUCCGAACCUGGAACUGUGCCCUGAAGCGCUCUGGGCGGCAGUUUGGUUAGUACUGCUGGUGCGGCGACUACUAUUGGAUGCUGCGCCGUCAGAUGGGCAUGUAACUGCGAGACACAAAGCGGACAUCUGUGUAGACCGCACAACAGUAGCAGCAGCAGCAGCAGCAGCAGCAGCAGCUGAUAAGCCGCGGCCGAUCGAGCAGCGUGAGAAAUAAGUGCAGUGUGCGUUCGGCCGUCGCGCCCGGGAGCUGUUGUGGAGUGUGUAUUGGUUUGCUGCCCGUUUGACGUUUCAUGUGACGGAGUGUGCGGGUUUGCUUGCACGCAUCUCCGUACGCAUCUAUCGCAGUGCAUUGCCGUGUUUGUUUCCGUGCGUGUGUGUGUGUGUGUGUGUGUGGCUGUGUGUGUCCGAAUUCCAAAAUCCCAAAACAGACCAGAUGCCGGUACGGUCGGGGUUCUUGCUGCUGCUACUUUGGCUUCACCAACGACUGCCCGCCUCCUCACAAGCAACCGAACCAGCGACAAGGCGGUGCAGCGGAGGUCUCUGCAUCCUGCCCGAACUAUGCCGCCCGGUCAGCGUCAACGUGUACGAUGAGGUGCAUCUGGACUUUUUCAGCGUUUCAAGUUUCGAUCGUUCCAGCUCGGAGGAGUGCCGGUUUCCCCAUCUCAAGUGCUGCCCCUUCGAGCGCAUCGUCCGUGCACCGGACACGGAAGCACCGGAUGAGACCGAGAUCGUGUGUGCGGCCCGGAACAACAACGGCAUCGGACAUGUCGAGCAGAAGGACAAAACGCGCGCCAAAUACGGCGAGUUUCCCUGGAUGGCGUUCGUGUACACCGCGCAGGCCGACUACGAGCUGUACCUCUGCGGGGGCACGCUGGUCCACUCGAAGGUGGUCAUCACGAUAGCGCACUGCAUCGAGAACCGUACCGCCAGCGAGCUGCGCGUGCGGCUGGGCGAAUGGGACCUGGAGCAUAUGGUGGAGAUCUACCCACCGCAGGACCGGGCCGUCAUAGCGGCAGUGACGCAUCCCCAGUUUUACAGCGAGCUGCUACUGAACGACAUUGCGAUACUGUUCCUCGACGAGCACGUCGACUUUACGGAGGUGGUCGGCAUAGCGUGUCUGCCCCCGCAGAACGCCAACUUUGACCACAAACGGUGCCUGUUCACGGGCUGGGGUGAGGAUGAGCGGGGCCGCAACUCGUCCGUGCUCAAGCGCACCAAGCUGCCGAUCGUACCGAACGGCCAGUGUCAGCGGGUGCUGCGGCGCCAUCUGCUAAACCGCAGCUUCCGACUGCACCAAGGGUUUCUGUGUGCGGGCGGCGAGUCCGGCAAGGAUGCGUGCCGCGGUGACGGGGGGUCCCCGCUCGUCUGCCCGAUACCCCAGUCCGAGAAUCAGUACUACGUGGUCGGGCUGGUGGCGUUUGGGUACGAGUGCGGCACGCAGGGUGUGCCCGGUGUGUACGUCAAUGUUCCUCACUAUCGCGACUGGAUCGAUGGGGAAAUCGAAAAGAUGUAUCAUGUUGAUAUCUUCGUUUAGGGGCCUUAGCCUGCCAGGUUCGUUUCUAGCUGGCCCGAACCGGACACAUGCACGUAAGCUUUUCGUCAUACACUCAUUCGUCUUUAGAAAUUAAAACGUUCGUACUUAC